AUGACCUUUCAUGGAAUGUCAGCGACCAUUCUUCACGUUUACAACUACCAUCAACAUUUAAGAUUAUCACCUGAUGAUAUCUGGUUAACCAUCGCACAGGGAUCGUAUCGUUCUUUUGGAUAUGGUUGCAUCCCAUUUACAACUGAUACUGGAUUAUAUUUAAAAUUAAUUGCUGAAUUUUUGGGUGCGCAACAAGAACUUCUUGAGAAUUCUAAUGAAGUGAAUGUCUCGCCAGUGAUAAAGCUGCGAAGGAAAAUGUUUACAAAGUUUAAUAAAGUUUGUUAUUAUUUAAUUUCGUAA